GCCACGCCGCGGAGCUCACAACCUCACGUUCCCGCCCCGCAAGGGACGAGCUGCCGAGCCAGGCGGGAGACGCGCGGCUGCGGUGCGGGGCAUGAAGUUGGGAGCGCGCGGGUCUCGGAGCGGAGGCGCGGCGCUGCCGGGAGUGGCCCGCGGCUAGAACCCGCUCGGUGCGCCAUGGAGCUCGGGGGCCCCGGGGCGCCGCCGCUGCCGCCGCUGCCGCCGCUGCCGCCGCUACUACUGCUCUUAGGAGCCGGCCUCUUGCCCGCAGCUAACGGUCACUUGGAGACCCGGGCCCAUGCGGAGGAGCGGCUUCUAAAGAGACUCUUCUCUGGCUACAACAAGUGGUCUCGACCAGUAGCCAACAUCUCAGACGUGGUCCUCGUCCGCUUCGGCCUAUCCAUUGCCCAGCUCAUUGAUGUGGACGAGAAGAACCAGAUGAUGACAACAAAUGUGUGGGUGAAGCAGGAGUGGCAUGACUAUAAGCUGCGCUGGGACCCUGGUGACUAUGAGAAUGUCACUUCCAUCCGAAUCCCCUCUGAGCUCAUCUGGCGGCCUGACAUCGUCCUCUACAACAAUGCAGACGGGGACUUUGCUGUCACCCACCUGACCAAGGCCCAUCUGUUCCACGAUGGGCGGGUGCAGUGGACACCCCCGGCCAUCUACAAGAGCUCCUGCAGCAUUGACGUCACCUUCUUCCCCUUCGACCAGCAGAACUGUACCAUGAAGUUCGGGUCCUGGACCUAUGACAAGGCCAAGAUCGACCUGGUGAGCAUGCACAGCCGUGUGGACCAGCUGGACUUCUGGGAAAGUGGGGAGUGGGUCAUCGUGGAUGCUGUGGGCACCUACAAUACCAGGAAGUACGAGUGCUGCGCUGAGAUCUACCCUGACAUCACCUAUGCCUUCAUCAUCCGGCGACUGCCUCUCUUCUACACCAUCAACCUCAUCCUCCCGUGCCUGCUGAUCUCCUGCCUCACCGUGCUGGUCUUCUACCUGCCCUCCGAGUGUGGCGAGAAGGUCACGCUGUGCAUCUCGGUGCUGCUCUCGCUCACCGUCUUCCUCCUUCUCAUCACUGAGAUCAUCCCGUCCACCUCGCUGGUCAUCCCACUCAUCGGCGAGUAUCUGCUCUUCACCAUGAUCUUCGUCACCCUGUCCAUCGUCAUCACAGUGUUUGUGCUCAACGUGCACCACCGCUCGCCACGCACUCACAACAUGCCUGCCUGGGUGCGCAGAGUCUUCCUGGACAUUGUGCCUCGCCUGCUCUUCAUGAAGCGUCCAUCUGUGGUCAAGGACAACUGCCGGCGGCUCAUUGAGUCCAUGCACAAGAUGGCCGGUGCCCCUCGCUUCUGGCCAGAGCCCGAAGGUGAGCCUGGCAUCUUGAGUGGAGUCCGAAGCCAGGGCCUGUCACCCACCCCAUCUUUCUGCGUCCCUGUAGACAUAACGGUUGAGGCCCAGCCUACCUGCAAGUCGCCAUCCCACCAGGUCCCUGAUUUGCAGCCCUUGGAGACUAAGAAAACUAGCCCCCAUCCGUCACCUGGCUCCUGUCACUCACCCAACAGCAUUGGGGCCAAAGGGCUUGCAAAAGCCAGGUCCCUGAGUGUCCAGCAUGUGUCCAGCCCCCGAAACGCAGCAGAAGGCGGCAUCCGCUGCCGGUCUCGGAGCAUUCAGUACUGUGUUCCCCGAGAUGGCACUACCUCCCUGGAUAACAACCAGCAGACUGGCUCUCCAGCCUCCCUGAAGGCCCACCCAGCCGAGCUCCCACCCCUAAACCAGACCUCUCCAUGCAAAUGCACAUGCAAGGAGCCAUCCCCUGUGUCCCCAGUCACUGUGCUCAAGGCCCGAGGCACCAAAGUGCCUCCCCAGCACCUGCCCCUGUCACCAGCCCUGACACGGGCAGUAGAGGGUGUCCAGUACAUUGCAGAUCACCUCAAGGCAGAAGACACAGAUUUCUCGGUGAAGGAAGACUGGAAGUACGUGGCCAUGGUCAUUGACCGAAUCUUCCUAUGGAUGUUCAUCAUCGUCUGCCUGCUGGGCACUGUGGGCCUCUUCCUGCCACCCUGGCUGGCUGGCAUGAUCUAGGGGUACGGCAGGAGCCAGACCUGCUCAUCCCAGCUCCCUGGGCUCUGUGGGGCCAUGCUAUUUACCAGUUAUCCUCAUCUUCCAAACCUGCUGUGAGAUACCUAAGAGAGGUGCUGCCUCUGAGGACUGAAAGCAGAAAUGGUUCUGGUCGUUGGUGGGCCUCGGUGCAGCCGGCUGGGGACUGGGGCAGGCAGAGUCACAGACUAAGCCCCAUUAAAGUUUCUCCAGAGCAGGCAACAGUUGCCCCCUGACCUACAGACAGCGCAUGCUCAUCCACGUCUCAGCAGACGGCCUGGAGAUGGCCUCAACUGUCCCAUGGGGCCGUAAGGCUUCACCCCCUUCAGUUCUCAGAGGCCCUUAUCCCUGUGGGGCUCAUCAGGCCAGGCAGCUCCCACUGCGCCUGUGCUGUCCACACCCCUCCCUCCCCCAGGAUAUGACCCCUCAUUCCUCCCCUCCCAGGUUGCUCUCUGACUCACUGGAUGAGAGAAGACCCUCCAGCUCUGCCAGGCCUGGGCCCAGGCAGGAUCUGCUUUGUUUAGUUUGGGGUGAGUUGGGGAGAAGCCAAGCCCUUUGUGUAGGUCCUAUUCACAGAACAGUGCAGCCCCUCAAAGCAAGACUGAAGCCCCGGGAAGUCCCAUUUCAGUAUCACUAGAAUCAGUGUUAAGUAGUUUCCAGGGCCCAGCGAUACCUAGAGGCAGAGGCACUGGAAUUCCCAGGGCUGUGAGCAAAGUCAUGUCUGGUCCCCUUGCAGGUCUUUCCUGCACUCUUCUAUGUUUCUGCCUCUCUGGACUCAAAAGACUAAGGGAAAGACUUCUUGUCAUAGUCCCGUGGUAAGACCACAUUUCCCCUGAACACGUCUUGUACUCUUUGGGGCAACAGAGGUGAUGAGAAGCUCCUGAGAUAUUGUGGACUAGGGUGGGCUGCUCAGAGGCUUCCAAGCAAACCAGGCCCUCUGACUCAUUCUCUCAGGGCCAUAGACUAAGGAGAACUUUUCCCAGUCUGUCUUGCCCCCAGGUGGCAGGGAAAACCUGAGGGGAUCCCUCUUCCUUCCUCCAAGAUGGCACCAGGCAGCCUCAAGAAGUCCUAGCAGUGGGGCAGAAGGAACACACACUUUAUGCACCCCUGUGAGAUUCCAAGAGCCCAUUGGCCCAAAGGCAGAACAGCCCCACCAUGAGUGAGGGAGACGCCAAAAGGGAUCUUCCUGUGUCAGGUUCCCAGUUGCCUUCCACUGCUCUCAGCUAGGUGGGUUUGGCAGAGCUGGACCUUGUACCUUUAGCCAGCUUGUCCUUGGCCUGAAAGCUGAGGUCCCCAUUUGGACAGUCUUGGGGACUUCAGAAAUGAAGAACUUAGUGAAGUUCUGAACUGACACACACCAAGCUUCCAGUAGAAACAGCUGCUACCCCCAUGGUACAACUCGCCAGUUCCAGCUCAAUGAGGAUGUCAGGAUGGAGGCAUGCCAAGGGGGCAGCAUUGUCCCUACCUGUCCACCUACAGGCAAGCUCACCUCUAAACAUGGAGCUGCUGGUCACUCCAGGGCGCUGGAGGAAGAAAGACCCUGAGUUGGAGGCCUGAGUUGAAUGGCCUCAGGACAUUCCUGUGUACAGGAAUGAGAUACAGAGGCCGAGGUAUUAAACCCUGGACCUCUAGACUUAAACUUAGACCUUCCCCAGAGUCCUCAGGGCACCAAGGACUCUACUUCGAUCUGCCCUCACUCUGCUGACUGGCUAGGUCCCCAUCCACACUGUCCCCUGACUGGAGCCUUUAGGAUGUUUGGAGAUAGCUCUGGUGGGGGAAUUCUUGCCAAAAUUCAGAAGCUGGGGGUGGGGGGCACAGGCCUUGGAGGAGGCAACAGAUGCACUUAUCAGAUGUGAGCACCACCAUCAUGCUGCAUACACACUUCCAACUUCAGAUGUACACACAGCAGCAGAUAGGGCAGGGCUCUUAUGGCACCCUGGGCAAGGCUGCUUGAUGUUCUUUUCUGGGUCAGGAAAAGUAAGUGGCUGGGAUGCUCCUGCCAGCCCAUUCCUGCCUUCACACAGACAGUCCAGGAAAGGAAAAUAAAACCUAUGAUCCUCCUAUGUCCAGCCAGCCAGCCUGUUGUCUACCUGCCUCCAGUGUUGGUCUGUGGUCAGGUUGAAGUUUAAUUAGGGUAAAAUGCUUGAUCUGAGGCUUUGGGGCCAGUGAGCGUCAAGAAACAGACAACAUAGCCCCAUACGUUCCUCUCUGAUGUGUGGACAUCAUCCCCUCAAAGUUCUCAGCACUCUCCUACCCUCGGUCCCAUGGGCAGUGGCAGCUCAGAUGUGAGUCCUGGAGACUGCUGCGCUGGCUCCUGGUCAUCACAGGCCUGGGAUCCCACAAAGGACCCUGUAACAUCUGCCUUCUUUCACUCUGACCAUGCCAAGGUUCAUCUGCAGUGCCGUGUGUACUGGUCCCAUUGCUGUCAUGUGCUUGCUGGUUCUUAGUUGCUUUCUGUCUGAAUAAACAGUCACAGCGUGUCUUCCAUCAGUGUGUACCCCCAUUUCCAGACGUCAGUCAAGGUGCUACAGGUACCUAUGCUUGUCACUGAGGGUGUGUGUUCCCAUUUCUCUUUGUGUCAAUCAUGUUUCUUUGCUUUCUGGGAUGUCUUGACAUGCUGGGGCCUUUCAGACCCAAGACUGCUGUUUCUAGGCUGGCCAGUUUCUAGUGCCCAGCUCGUCUGGAGCCCAACUUCAUGCCUGAUGGGCCAUCAAGGGCAGCACCCAUUCCUUACCAAACUUAUACCAGAGUCAGCCACAGGAUAACUACAGAUCCCUCUGCAGCCCAGAGCCUGAGGAAGUGUCUAGACUGGCCAUGGGCUGUUUCCACUGCUCCACGUGGCCUUCUCACAGAAACAUCUGAAAGGUACUACCACCUCCUUCUCUAGUUCCUCUUGCCUCCUGAUGGAUCUGGUCCCCCCACCUGCCCCAGGCUCCUACCUGGCAUGACAUCUCUCUCCUUGAGAACUGAAACUGACAGCUGUCCUUCAGUGACAUCGCCUCCUUAGGGACCCUUAUCUCCCUAGUAAACUAAGACCAGGGCGCAGGGCCCUGGGUUCCAUCCCAUGUAGGCAGCUCAUCCCACACUGCUCUUGGACACUGGUACUUUCUCAGAAGAAAUGUCUAAGGGCCCGGUAUUCCAUGCCCUGGACCACCCUUGAUGUUGCAAUCCCCCUCCCACCCAUCGAAUUGAGGUCCACUGGCACACAGCCAUUGGGAGGUCCCAGAACUGCCCUUUUCGGGGACAAGCCUGGGCCUCCCUGUAUGUGUCCAUAGUGUGCACUUGUGUUUGUAAAUAGUUACAUGAGAAUACACUUGAGUUUAGCUGCUUUUCUCUAGCCUCUUCUAUUCCAGUCUAUUGAAAAAUGCCAGUUGCAAGCCCCUGCCUUGAUGUUCUGACCCGAGUUGGAAGCAUACUGCUCAGGACACAGCACAAAGAGGGUAGUAGAAUGGUCAGGCACUGGGGUUUGUAUUGAGACUUAGAUACAAAAACACUUUCCAUGCAGAUAUGCUGUUGACACUCACUGUUUGCAGGAAAGAGCUUCUAUUACUUUAAUCCCGUUUGACAUUUCUUGCUAUUUGCUGGGCUCGUGGGUGACGCGCACACAGAAUACACAGACUCACCAUCAGCAGGCCAGCACCCAUUUUCUCACCAGUGCCCAAAGGUUACUGUUCUUCACUGACUGGGUCCAUUACUGAAUCUGGUUUAUGUGAGCUUGAUCCCAUGAACUGUACUCCUGUGCCUCCCUCUCUUCCUCAGCUUGGGCUUUGUCCAUUCACCACACAGUCAUAGUUCUUGUGUGCUCACUGUGUGGGCGCUGUACCAUUUAUCAUGCAUUUUCUCUGCAGUGGACAUUUGAGUUGUGUCAGUUUGUAACAGUAUCAGCAGGGCUGCUGUGGGAAGGCUGUGGAGUACAUGUCUAUUUUCCACUCCAGCAAUGGGAAGUAGAGGCAGGAGGAUCAGAAGUUCAAGGUUGCCCUCAACUACAUUUUUAGUUCGAGGACAGACUGGGCUAUGUGAGAUUCGGUUUCACACAC